UCUUUUCUAGUUUGAAGGAGUGGCUAAAAACUUCCCUUACAACUGUAGAUGUAGCACAUUUUUGUCUUUCAAGCUCUCCCUCCCUUUCACUUCAUCUGUCUGUGUUAGAUGACACACUGAAGAACCAUCUGGGAGUAUCAAACCAUCAUUUUUCUACAUUAGAAGAUCUAUUUGUUGUCUACAUUGAAGACUAUUGAUUAAAGUGUCAAAAAGAUUGUGUUUACAGAGCUUGACCUCACUGACAGUGUUCUUUGGAGAAUUGUUAAGUGUUCUAGAACCCUAAAAUGGAGGUACAGAAAAUGUCAAACGGUCACCAUGAACUCAGCCAUGGCAAAAGUACGGAGAGCGGAUUUGAUGGCCUUGAAAACAUAACAGAGGGUGAUAUGUUCCUCCACGACAAGAACAAUGGAAAGAUACAAACUCAGUUUACAGAUUUCGUAGGAAAGACUUCUUUCGGAAUGUCAAUUUUCAACCUCAGUAACGCUAUUAUGGGCAGUGGAAUUCUGGGACUGGCUUACGCCAUGGCCAACACCGGAAUCAUCCUUUUUGUAUUCCUGUUGAUAACCAUCGCUGUUCUCUCUGCCUACUCCAUCCACCUGCUUCUGAAGAGUGCUGAAGUAGUUGGGAUCCGUGCAUAUGAACAGCUCGGGAACCGUGCAUUUGGUAUACCUGGGAAAGUCUUAGCAGCGUGUGUUAUAACAUUGCACAACAUUGGAGCAAUGUCCUCUUACCUGUUCAUUGUGAAGAUAGAGUUACCUCAUAUUAUUCAGGGUCUUUUUGGACUGCCAGAUAACUACUCUGCGUGGUUCGUUGAUGGAAAGUAUCUCAUCAUUAUCGUUAGUGUCGGGGUCAUUCUUCCCCUGGCAUUUAUGAAACGAAUAGGGUAUCUUGGCUAUACCAGUGGCUUCUCCCUCAGCUGCAUGGUCUUCUUUCUCAUAUCUGUCAUCUACAAGAAGUUUGUCACAGAGUGUCCUGUUGAACACAGCUCUAAUGGCACUUUUCUCACUGAAAGCAUAUACAACUCCAGCGCUAACACAUGUGAAGCUAAACUUAUAACUGCCAACCCAGAGACUGCUUUUACCAUUCCCAUUAUGGCGUUUGCUUUUGUGUGUCACCCUGAAGUGUUGCCCAUUUACACAGAACUCAAAGAUCCAAGCAAGAAACGCAUGCAAAACGUUGCUAAUAUCUCUAUUUUGGCCAUGUUUGUCAUGUACCUGUUGACUGCCAUCUUUGGCUACCUCACCUUCUAUGGAAAGGUGGAGUCAGAGCUUCUGGAUAUGUACAGUAGAACAGACACUCUGAUGCUGUGUGUUCGGCUGGCCGUGCUGGUAGCAGUGACACUGACUGUUCCCGUGGUCCUUUUCCCGAUCCGCCGUGCCAUCUUGCAGCUUCUGUUCGCCAAUGAGCCUUUCAGCUGGGUGCGUCACAUCUCCAUCGCCGUGUGCCUCCUCUUUUUCGUCAAUCUGCUUGUUAUCUUCGUGCCCAGCAUUCGUGACAUCUUCGGCUUCAUUGGUGCCACAUCUGCUCCCAGCCUCAUUUUCAUACUGCCUGGAAUAUUCUACAUUUACAUCAUCCCCGAAGAACAGGAGCCGUUGAAAUCUCGGCCAAAGAUCCAGGCGAUGGUGUUUGUGACACUGGGUUUCAUCUUCAUGUUUAUGAGUAUUACAUUCAUCAUAGUACAGUGGGCCACUGGAAUGAAGUCGAUGGGUGCCCACUGACAGAGCUGAGAGAGCAUAACAGGAUUCCAGAACCUAAAGACCAAACACAGAACACACAGUCCUGAACCUGCAACCUCUGACCCAGGUUCAGUUUCAUUUAGCUUGAUAAAUAUCAAAUUAGAUAACUCCUUAAUUUCAACAAGUCCAAAAUAAAAUGGCUUUCAAGGAGGCCAGUUACCAAAAUCCAAGAAGAAGAGAAAAAAAAGGCUUGGUAACAGAUGUCCUUGACACGUUAUGGCCAUGAUGCUCUAAUAACAUUUUAACUGAAAGUCGUUUUUACAUGCAAAGAUAUUGCUGUUAUGACUGGCAAAUGGACCUUCUUAAAUUACAUGAAACGGAUGGAAAAACUGUGAAACUAUGAUGAGAAUUCUCUCAUCUUUAUUGCCAAAGUUGUAAACAUGCAGUUUGAAGUCUACCUCCUACUAAACAGAGCAAUUUUACAGUGACAGAGAAAGUUUGUUUUUUAUUUUGUUCAGUGCAUAUUUUGGGGUCCUUUCAUUAGUGAAAGUGUUUGUUUUUUUCAUUACAAAUUAUAUUAUCAGCAUAUUAUUUUAAGUGAAAAAUCUGGUGAUCCUAAAUCUAUCUUAAGGCCCCGUGUCCACCAAAGCGUUUUUUCCAGCGGCUAGCAUACUUUUCCAAUUGUUUUCAAUGGGAAAGCCACGUUUUUUAAACGUAACGAGGAGCUGAGUGUCUUUUUCAUGCUCAAGCGCUGAGAGCUCAGCGUUUUUUACUGGUCUCCUCGAGUUGAAGAACGUUCAACUUUGAGUAAAAUGCUGCGCUCAUCACUGUCAGUAUUUAGCCAGCCAUCCAAUCAGAGUGGAGGAGGGGCGGGACAAAUACAACACCGACCAACUGUCACAACAUUCUUGCUGUACAACGUCAUCAACAAGCAGAGAACGGAACAAAAUGGAUGACAAAUUAAUAUUGUUGGUCUCCGAACAUACAUAUUAAGUACAUUGUGUUGAUAUUUUUAGUCUGAAACUAAUUAUCUGCAAAAUCAGUUAUAAGUAGUGCCGUGGAUAUUACAUAUCAUAGCAACAAAGCAUCUCAACUGAAAAAAAAAUGCUGCGCUGCCGAAGCGCUCUUAAGUGCUCACAGAUUGGCGUUUUCAGCAGAGCGUCUAACGUUUUCAGCUGGCUAAAACGCUUUGGUGGACACGCAGCCUAAAAGUCCACUAUGUAACUUUUGGUCAUCUAGCAGUUAAAAAACAAAACUGCAUGCAUUUUGCAGAAGAACAUUGUUUUGGUUGUGCUUUGGCUCUGUGUGACUGUGCGCAUGAAUAUGGUUAUCCUACUGCUCAUAAAACAUUCACUACUAAGCUUCAGAGAUAUAACCAGAUUAGAUGAAUAGGAUCUCAAGCUGACUAACUGACGACGUUACUGUAGCUACACCCAUUAAUAGGCACGGUACUUCCUUGAAGAUAAAUUCCAGCACAGCGUUACAACAAUCAUAAUGAAAUGAACCUUCACAAUAGAUUAUGCUUUACAGUGACCUCUGUGGCAAUUUUUCUGUUCAGUAAAAUACUUUUCUCACCUGUUCAUUAAUAAAAACACCAUCUCCACAUCGCUUUUAUAACAUUUCAAACGCCUCAGUUCUCGCUAUCUCCGAAAAACCAAGACAAUGUUGAUUCUUGUUUUAUUACGAGCUGUAUCGCGUUCUUUUUUUGCCAGCAGACUCUCCUCCAUUGGGCAUUUUUUUAAACGUGUGAUUUCAUGGAGGUUCGAGAUUUAGUGUGCUCCAUGUCGACCUUUCUUGCUCACUUUGAGAACUAACCUAUGCCACUCCCAAACCAUACACGCAUUAAAAGAAGCCUGCGCAACUUUUCUCUAUUUACAGAUAUGACGAGACACGCACGGGCGAGUGACAUAUGAAUGCAAUUUCCCGUGAAAACCAUCCUGUCAGGUCUAAAAUAUAAAAACUUAUAAAAGCUUAACAUAGUGAAUAAGGGUAAGACAAGGAUUGAAGAUGUAUUGACUCAUUAUUUAAAUUUUGUUAAUUUUGAACAAAAAAAGUUGCAUAGUGUACCUAUAAGGUUAUCAUAAUCAUUAUUAUGAUAUAUUUUUUCUUUUAUUUAUUUUUUUUCAAUUUCCAGUUUUGAUUUUGAAUCCCAGAUAUUCAAUUUGGUCUUUGGACCCCACUGUAUGUGAAUCUCAGUUAACUUUGUUUGUGAUGAAUGAUAGUCAGUUUAUAACAUUAUUUAAAUAGGAAAAGUGUACAGUUUUGUGAUGAAUUUCAGCAUUGACUUAAAGGACAAUGGUUGAAUGUUAGAGGCAAAUCCUUAAGUAAAUGUAUCGUGUGUAAUGGUGCAUUUUGUCUUGUUACACCCAUCAAACCAAUGAAAUCUACAGUACGAGAUGUAUCUUACAGUAUACCAACAGUGUUUAAUGCAGUUCUCGGCACUGUCAUAAGACAACAUUUCUUUACUCUGUUUUAGAGAGGUGAAGGAAUACUAAUUAUCUUGUAGUAUUCAAGAAACACAGAACACCGUUUUGUCAUUUUUCAUGUUGUAUGUCAUUUUGCUUGUUGUAUAUAAUCUUGAAAACGAGCAUAGUUUUAACAAACUUGAUUUCUGUGUGGUUUACAUGGUGACAUGUUGUUACAGUGACAAAAAAUCCACUCCAGAAAUGGACUGAACAUUGAUAAAUGCUGUUUAUCACUUCAUAUGACAGGUUACUACAGAAUAACAGAGCAUUGAUGGGGCUGUAGAACAGCAUUCAUUAUCCAUAAGAAUACUGAAAUGUUUCUGUGGUCAAACUAUAACACGCCCAUCUCUACAUCUGUGAGUUUAUAUGGACCAGAACCAAAAUAGUUUCCUGUUGAACAUCACAACUAUCAUUAAUGUCAAUGUGUGCUUGUUUUGUAUAGUCUUUUAUGUACAUAUUGUGUGUGAUAUGUUGAAAUGGAAGAAACUUUAUAUUAGUUAUUAUACAUCUGUGUACAUAUUCUAUGUACGUAUUCUAGUCUUUUUUUAUGCUCAGAUUGGACCUGAAUGCUGAGAUAAAAUGAAAUGUAAUACGCAAGGAAUCAAAAAAUAGCAGGAAGCUAAAAAAAUAUUUAAUUUAAACUUGAUUAAUUCACAUUUUCUCAUGAUUGUUUUUUUUUUUUUUUUUCAAAGUGCCUGACAACAAAUGAAAUAGAAACAAAUGAUUGAAUAAAAUCAAAUGAUUGUUAAAUGUUUAAAA